UGCUUGCUUUGCUUUCACCAGAAUGGACCAAAAGAGCGCCAAUGCCCUGUUUGAGCAAUGGGGCUGCCUGCUGCUGCUCGGAGUCCCCGCUGGCGCCAUGCUGCACAUGGAUCUGCAGCCCUUCCAUGUUGCAGAGUCCUUCCGCGGCUUCAAGCUCAUCCCACCUGGGCUCCAUCUGGUCUGUUUCAGUAUACCGGACAAGACUGGCCUGCAAGGCGAGCGAACUGGCUUUUUCCAGCAGAUUGAUCGCCGACAAACAGUGGUAAAGCACUACAACCCAGCGACAGAAUCAUUCGACGACGAGCCGGAUCCGGAGCAAGUCGAACGCUAUCGACUAGGCAUCCGCGAAUUUGACAAGUUCAUGGCAGUCUACCCAAUUCAAACCUACCAGAGUUGGUCAAAUCUCGUACCACACGUCCAGGCCAGCACAGUCACUCGCGUGCUGCCCUCGGGCUCGCGGUGGUUUUUGCAUGCUCAACCUGCUGAAUUCGACAACACCAACCCGGACAUGCCACCACUCGAUCGAGCAGCCGCCUCGGCCCGCAUUGCGGCUGGAGUGGAAGCUGCCACGCGCGCCCUUGACACCCCGGUCUUCCGCUUUGCCAAAAUCGCCAAACACGCUUUUCCGCCGAAUGCCACGCCGGCAGAGCGAACGCGCUACAGUCUAGAUACCAGCUAUCAAUUGCGGCAGACGGUUCAGGAGCACUUUGGCGAUGAUUACAAGGAGUUCCUCGGGGAAUGGGAGUUGGGAUUUGUCAUGUUUGUUCUUGGUCAACAGUUGGAAGGAUUUGAGGCGUGGAAGGCCUCCCUUCGCAUCAUUUCGCACGCUGAGGAGCAACUACCGCUUUGGCCUGAAUUUUUCACGCCAAUGUUCGGCACGCUCCUGGCACAGCUGCAGCUGUUUCAACCCGAAAACUUUUUCCAAGACGCGCUGUCCCAACACAACUUUUUGCGGACGUGUCUUCAGGUGCUCGUCCAGAAUUGUGAAUCGAUUGCGCUUUAUCGACCCGUCACUCGGUCAAUUACGGACUUGUGCCGAAAGACGUUUGAAUGGCAGCUUGAUCUCGCAUCUGACGCCGAUACUUAUGCAUUGAGCGACGAAAUUGAUCCCGAAGAUCGACCAACCAUUGUGGAAUAAAUGAGACACUCGUCCCGACCGCACAACACGCUCCAUUCUAUCAUCGUG